AGCACACGCAGAGUGGUGGAUCCCAUACACACACACAUGCACCGCGCUCUACCCGGACAAUGUCUAAGGAGCUGCACCAACGCCCGAACCACAGACAACAUUUAGGCUGACAAUAUAAUACCAAUGAAUGAUAGUCCACGUAUCUGCCCCGUGCCAGAAACCAUGGCUGUUAUCUCCAAGCGAGCGAGGAAGAGGAGGUGAGAGCGGCGGCGGUGGAAGCUCAGUCUAGAAGCGCUUCUCUGGAAGGCGCAGGGAGGGAGGGGGCCCGCUCCCUUGUUGUCUAAGAGGAUCAAGAAAAAGGGAAAACGAGCUAUUUUUAACCCGGCCGUUUGGACUAACCUCCAGUGACACCAUGACCAGCGGACCGGAUGAGAGCUCGGUGCGGGUCGCCCUGAGGAUCCGUCCUCAGCUGGCCAAAGAGAAGAUCGAGGGCUGUCACAUCUGCACGUAUGUGAUGCCAGGGGAGCCACAAGUAGUGCUGGGUAAGGACAAGGCCUUCACCUACGACCACGUCUUUGACAUGGACAGCCAGCAGGAGGAUAUCUACACCCACUGCACAGAGAAACUUAUCGAGGGCUGCUUGGAGGGCUACAAUGCCACAAUCUUUGCUUAUGGACAGACAGGCUCAGGGAAGACCUACACCAUGGGAACCGGCUUCGACGUCAACAUUGGAGAAGAUGAGCUUGGUAUCAUUCCUCGGGCUGUCUACCACCUGUUCAGAGGAAUCGAGGAGCGCACACAGGCUGCCACUGAGCAGGGCAAGCCGGUUCCUGAGUUCAAGAUCAACGCGCAAUUCCUGGAGUUGUACAACGAGGAAGUGCUUGACUUAUUCGACUCAACUCGAGACAUUGAAGCCAGGAAGCAGAGAUCCAACAUCAAAAUCCAUGAGGACGCAAAUGGAGGCAUCUACACUGUUGGGGUCACUACUCGCACUGUGACCUCUGCGGCAGAGAUGAUCCAGUGUCUGAAGCUGGGCGCUCUGUCUCGCACCACAGCCAGCACUCAGAUGAACGUACAAAGUUCACGCUCCCACGCCAUCUUCACCAUCCACCUUUGCCAAGUUCGAGUGUGCUCUGCUGAUAACGAUGAUAAUGAGACAGACAACCGUCUAGCUAACAACUCAGAGAUUAACGAGUUUGAGACACUGACAGCUAAGUUUCACUUUGUGGACCUGGCUGGUUCUGAAAGACUGAAGAGGACUGGAGCAACAGGAGACAGAGCGAAAGAGGGCAUCUCCAUUAACUGUGGGCUGCUUGCUUUGGGGAAUGUCAUCAGUGCUCUUGGAGACAGGAGCAAGCGCUCCACCCACGUGCCUUACAGAGACUCCAAGCUGACCCGGCUGUUACAGGACUCGCUGGGUGGCAACAGUCAAACUAUGAUGAUAGCCUGUAUCAGCCCAUCAGACCGGGACUUCAUGGAGACCUUGAACACUCUGAAGUACGCAAACAGAGCACGAAACAUCAAGAACAAGGUGAUGGUGAACCAAGAUAGAGCCAGUCAGCAGAUCAGUGCUCUAAGGACGGAAAUAGCACGACUGCAGAUGGAGCUUAUGGAAUACAAGACGGGAAAGCGUAUCAUGGGUGAGGAUGGCAUGGAGGGCAUCAAUGACCUGGUCCAUGAGAACUCAAUGCUGCAGACAGAGAACAACAACCUGAGGGUGAGAGUGAAGGCCAUGCAGGAAACCAUCGACGCCCAGAGAGCCAGACUGACACAGAUCCUCAGCGACCAGGCUAACCAGGUUCUGGCUAAAACAGGGGAAGGCACCGAAGAGAUCGGAAACAUGAUUCAAAACUACAUCAAAGAAAUUGAGGAGUUAAGAGCUAAACUUCUUGAAAGUGAGGCUGUGAGUGAGAAUCUUAGGAAGAAUCUGUCCCGGGCCUCUACUCGUUCCACAUUGUACGGCGGCCCCGGCUCCCUCUCCGCCCUCCUCGCCCCGGAGAAGGAGGCCAAUGAAGUCAUCGAGAUGGCAAAGAAAGACCUGGAGAAGCUCAAGAAGAAGGAGAAAAAGAAGAAGAAAAGUGCUGUUAAGGACGGAGUGCCAGACAACGAGCAGGAGCGAGGCACCGAUGAAGCAGAAGUGGAGGGGAGCGACCAUGAAGAGGGCGAGUCCGCAGAGGGAGAGGAGGAGGACUCUGAUAUUGCAGCAGAUGAAACAUCUGAUGAAACUGACUCUGAGGAACUGGAGGAGAAAGAAAACGUCCAAGCUGACCUGGCGAACAUCACUUGUGAGAUUGCAAUCAAGCAGAAGCUGAUAGACGAGCUGGAGAACAGCCAGCGGCGUCUACACACGCUGAAACAGCAGUACGAACAGAAGCUGAUGAUGCUGCAGAACAAGAUCAAAGACACACAGCUGGAGAGGGACAAGGUGCUGCAUAACAUGGGUUCAGUUGAGACAGGUACCGAGGAGAAGGCCAAGAAGAUCCGAGCUGAGUAUGAGAGGAAGCUGAGCUCUAUGAACAAAGAGCUUCAGAAGCUCCAGUCAGCUCAGAAGGAGCACGCCCGCCUCCUGAAGAAUCAGUCACAAUACGAGAAACAGCUCAAGAAACUGCAGCUGGAUGUGACCGAGAUGAAGAAGACCAAGGUGGUGCUAAUGCGUCAAAUGAAAGAGCAGCAGGAGAGAAACAGAGCCUCAGAGUGCAGGAGGAACAGGGAGAUCGCCUCUCUGAAGAAAGACCAACGCAGGGCAGAGCACCAACUGAAACAAAUGGAGGCCCAGAAGAGACAACAGGAGCUGAUUCUCCGCAGAAAGAAUGAAGAGGUCACAGCACUGAGGCGGCAGGUUAGGCCUGUGUCUGGGAAGGUGAGCAGAAGGGUUAGCAUACCUGAACCUCAUCAUGAAUCAUCUCAAAGAGCCACACCAGGAAGGAUGAACACCUCAGGAGCAUCACAUUUCAAUGGAGCCAGGAGCUCCCCUGUGCGGAUGGGAAGCAUCUACCACAACAGAACAGCAAGGGCUAAGUGGCAGUCUCUGGAGAGACGUGUCAGUGACAUCAUCAUGCAGAGGAUGACCAUCUUGAACAUGGAGACGGAUAUGAACAGACUGCUAAAGCAACGGGAGGAGCUGACCAGGCGAAGGGAGCGGGUGUCCAGAAAGAGGGAAAAGAUGGCCGUGGAGGGGGCAGAUGCUGACCGCUCCCUGGCCUCCCUGAAUGAGGAGCUGGAGUCUCUAAGCGCCAACAUCGACUACAUCAAUGACAGCAUUGCUGACUGCCAAGCCAACAUCAUGCAGAUGGAGGAGGCCAAGGAGGAGGGAGACACAGUGGAUGUUACUGCUGUGAUAAGCACCUGCAAUUUAUCAGAGUCCCGCUUCCUUCUGGACCAUUUUGUGACCAUGGCCAUUAAUAAGGGUCUACAGGCAUCUCAGAAGGAGUCCCAGCUGAAGGUGAUGGAGGGCAGGUUAAAGCAGACAGAGAUCAACAGUGCAACCCAGAACCAGCUGCUGUUCCACAUGCUGAAGGAGAAAGCUGAGAUCAACCCUGAGCUGGAUGCUCUGCUGGGCAGCGCCCUGCAAGAGUUAGGUUACCUGUCGCCAGAAAAUGGAGAUGAAAGCAGUAGUGAUGAGUCUACUCCCAGUCCUGCUGCAGAGGGCAGCUCACUGGCAUCAGAUCUGAUGAAGUUAUGUGGUGAAACCAGACCAAGAAGCAAGGCUCGCAGGCGGACCACCACACAGAUGGAGCUUCUGUAUGCCAGCAGUGGAGAUGUAUCAUGUGAAUCCCCAACUGGAGACUUCCCAGCCCCUCUGCUGGCCAUCUCAGAGCGCCUGGAAGGGCCAGGGGACAUGCAGGGUCACAUGCUUGGUCAAACCCCUGACCUGGAGCGAGCUGUUUCACCAUCUGCACUGUCUGCCAGGCCAGUUGGCCUUUCUGGAUCCAGAUCACCUACAGGGACUGAGCGGAGACAACUGGAACGCUCCCCGCUAGCCAGGAGGAAGUUGCAAGAGAGAGGAGCCACGGCAACCCAUAUUCCAGCACCCACCUUCACAGCAAGUACAGCAGAGGUUAAAACCAAAGGCAGCGACUUUAAAUCAAUGUUGGAUGAUUCGCCUGUAUUUGAGGGCCACAGAGGUGUGAUUAACCCUGUGACAGCCCCUAAGAACGGCAAAGCAGCCAAACUUCAGUGUGUCUACGUAGCAGAGGGGCAUACCAAACCUGUUCUCUGUGUUGAUGCCACAGAUGAUCUGCUCUUCACAGGCUCCAAAGACCGUACAUGUAAAGUCUGGAACUUAGUCACUGGUCAGGAGAUCAUGUCCCUAACAGAUCAUCCCAGCAGUGUGGUCUCUGUCAGGUACACCUCCAGUCUUGUCUUCACUGUUUCCACCGCUUACAUCAAAGUGUGGGACAUCCGAGACUCCGCCAAGUGCAUCCACACACUCACGUCAUCAGGCCAGGUGGGUUCAGGUGACUCUUCGUCUGCAAGGAGUUUAUCCAUCCCACCAGGAGAGAGUCAGAUCAACCAGAUUGCUCUCAACCCUAAUGGAUCCUUCCUUUACGCUGCUGCUGGCAAUGCUGUGCGAAUGUGGGAUCUCCGCAAGUUUGUGUCAACGGGUAAGCUGACUGGUCAUUUGGGACCUGUCAUGUGUCUGACUGUUGACAAGUUAGGCAGCGGACAAGAUGUGGUCCUCACGGGCUCAAAAGACCAUCAUAUCAAAAUGUUUGAGGUGGCAGAAGGUGCUCAGGGUAGCGUCACCUCUAGCCACAUGUUUGAUCCUGCUCAUCAGGACGGCGUUGAGUCUCUCACUCUGCAUGGAGACGUUUUCUACAGCAGCUCCAGAGACUUUCAUAUCAAGAAGUGGGAUUUGGCUGGCAAACAACUGCUACAGCAGUCUGUCAACACAGAGGCAGACUGGGUCAGUGCUCUGGGUUUGGUGCCAGGCUAUCCGGUCCUGCUUAGCGGCUGCAGAGGCGGGCUGCUGCGCCUCUGGCACACCAAAUCACUUACACCCCUUGGCGAACUUCGAGGACACGACAGUCCCAUUAACGGACUGGCUACCAACGGCAGCCAACUGUUUACUGCUUCAGACGACCGCACGGUGAAGAUAUGGGAAGCCAAAGGAUCUCUGGAGGAAGGACUCUACUGAACCCAUUCCUUGUCAUUUCCACAACACCUGGAAUCAAGGGUUGUCUACUUGGCCUUUACCCAAUCAGAAUCAAUCAAUUAUGAGCUAAUUACAUCAUUCAAAGCUUGAUGAAGUGUUGGAGACUUUACUGAUCCUUCAUCAAUGCUCCACAUGGACUAGUUUCAGGGAUGUCUGAUGAGAGUGAGCUGAUACUUUUCCUGUGUGUUUUGAUAUGAGGUACCCGGUGGAGCUCAAAGCAUUACAAGACCGCUGCUAAGGAUAGCGCUUUGCAUAAAUACGAUAGAAACAAAAUGAGAUUACAAUUCUGAAGAGCUGAUCCAGGAUUCUCUGCUGUGCUUUGACAUUCCUCCUCAGUUCCGUACAAGACAACAUGGAUACCUUCUAUGCAUAAAGUGACUUUUGUCAGAGCUGCUGGGCUGAGCUGCUGAGACCAAAAAAAACAAAGGCCUUUGGUGGCAUGUCUUGCGUCCUUGCACCAAUUACUGUCCAUCAAAACCGAAACUGGCUAAAGGUUCUGUGUCCCAAGAAAGACCUCGAGGUCUCCUGCUCACCAGCAAUCACUGACAGUCUUCUCUGUGUUUUUUUGCCACAUGAUAUGUUUGUUCUUCCUGUCAGGUCAUAUUGAGUGUAUGUGUUCUCUGUAACCCUUGACCUUAUAACUGCUGAAACUGCAUUACGGUCUUAUUACUCAGCUGCUACUGCCAAAUCCUUCUGCUGGAACAUGCCUCCAAACAAAACAUACUGCACUCCUUUGACAGGGUUCUAACACAUUUUUCGUGUCAUUUAUUCCUCUUAAGGUAAUAUUCUUCGAAUCAACGACUGACCAAUAUUUCCUUCUA